AUGCCGCUACUCGUUACCAUGAACCGCAUCGACGUGCACCAUCACUUCAUUCCCCCUGCCUAUGUCAAUGCAUUCAACUCAACUCAUGGUGACCCCUCCGGCUGGCACCUCCCCAAAUGGACCCCAGAAUCGACCUUUUCCCUCAUGACCUCUCACACCAUCCGCACGGCCAUUCUCUCCUUGACCGCACCGGGAACUUCUAUCCUAUUCAAUUCUCCAGUAGACUCGGCCGCUCUCGCCCGGCAGGUAAACCUCUACGGCUUCCAACUUCAUCAGGAAAACCCCACUCGGAUCGGUUUCUUUGCCAGCCUCCCGCAUCUGACACCUGAAACCAUCCCCUCGGCUAUCGAGGAACUUGCCUUUGCCUUGGACAUCCUCCAAGCUGAUGGCAUCACUCUCUACACUCGGUAUAGUGGAACUGGGUACCUCGGUCAUGCUGCCUUUGCGCCACUCUGGGGGGAACUGAACCGCCGCAAGGCAGUAGUCUUCAUCCACCCGACAAACACCGCCUCAGACGCCCAGAACAAGCCUGAGAUGGUCAAUGCAAAACUACCACAGCCGAUCAUUGAUUACCCUCACGAGACAUGCCGAACAGCGGUCGAUCUUAUCACCUCGGGGACGAUCUCCAAGAACCCCGAUGUGAAGAUUAUUCUGUCUCACGGAGGGGGUACACUCCCUAUUCUCGCUACCCGGGCUGCAAACCUGCUUUAUGAUGCAGGCCUAACCGAUAUUACCCCAGAGAUAUUUCUGGAGCAGGCUAGGGGGUUUUAUCUUGAUCUCGCGCUAUCUGGGAACCCGGGGAAUUUGGAGUUACUGGUGGGCAAGAAUGGGUUUGCAAAGACAGGGCAUGUGCUAUAUGGCAGUGAUUUUCCCUAUGCUCCUCGUGAGACUAUCAACAAAUAUGUUGGGAUGAUGGAGGAUUUCAUUGCGCAAGUAGGGGAGAAUGAGGAGAUUUCCCGGAGUGCAGCAGUACAGUUAUUCCCGCGUUUUCGGAUUGAGGAGGAUAAGAAGAAAAUAUUUUACAAAUCUAGGCUAUAG